AGGGGAGGGGAAGCCAAGGCAACGAAGGUGUCAGCACACAUCGACGGGAGAAGGGGUCACGGGUCGGCCGCGGGCGUCGGGCGCCAAGGAACCCGCUCGGGAGUGGACGGCAGGCGGCUGGGCGGGCAGAGCGGCGGAGGCGAGUGGCGGGCGGGUUUUGGGCGGGCGGGCGCAGGGGCCGAGCCUGCGACCUGCCUCCCUCUCGCAGCCCGGCUACCGAUUAGUGACUCUCUGGGCCGCAGUUGUUCGUAGCGCGCGUCCGCUCGCCUCGUGUCUUGCGCUCUCCUGCAAUCUCCCGCGCCGCCUCCCUCUUGCCUCGCUCGCCCGCCCGCCCUCGCCUCUGGGAUUUGCUCUCCGCUGCUCGUCCCUCGGAGAUUCGGCGUCCGUGUGGCUCGGGGCAACGCAAGUGUCGGUGAAAAGUGUGGCUGAAAAAAAAGAAAAAACGGAACGAAACGUGAGCGAAAAAGAUGUGCGAUAUUGGUGGUCGUUGGUGUUGAAAAUUAGUGAUAAACAUGCAUUUGCACGUGAUGGGCGAAGCUGAUUGGCUCAUGUCCCGGCCAAUAACUCAUCCGGGCAGCCAAUGACAAGACGAUGUUGGCGCCUCAGGUGUGUGGCAGAAAACAGUCACCGCUCGUCUUCGAAAACCAUGGCGCCCGAACUGGAAGUCGCCCCGAGGCCUCUUGUCAGAAAAGAUAGAGCGGAGCCACUGACAGGAUCGUCGUUAAGGAGAGUUAGCUGCAGGGCAUGUCACGGAGGGCGGUGCGAGGGAUGAAUGCGCGCGUCCUGCUCCGGAGUAAUGAGAGGUGCGAAGACUGUGAGUUAAGAAGGCUUUUGGAACUCUUCUGAAUUUGCUGUUGGAGGACAGAACUGUGGCUUGCGAUUAUCUUUGGAUAUUUUAGAUAGUUUGCAGAGUACUGUAAACACUGAUGGCGUUGAGUGUCAGUUGUAUGAUUAGCUUGUAGUGUAAUGAUAACUUAUUGAAUCUUAUUUAAAGUUUAGAGACUAAAUCGGGGACAUUUUCACGUGACAAGGGGACCCUUAAAGACGUCCGUUAUUUGCAAUGUAGGGAGAUACAUAGACUUUCGUGAAUUCACUUCGGCCUCUGCACAACCCCUUCCGAAUAGAUUCUUAACUCAGACACAACUCACGAACUUUGCGGCUUUAACAGAAAACUGAAAGCAAGCAACCAAGCAAAUAAGCAAAGAAGAAAGAAACGAAGGAAUACACACACGAAUACUCGCAAAAGUCCGGCCUGCUUCCCCUGAGAGAAGGGAAGUGUGAUCGCAGGGAGUGAGGGACGAGCGAGAGAGCGAAAGAUCACUCUUUCCUCCUUCAUAACAAACUCUUGGUUUCCGGAGUCCGCGAAGGAGACUAUGGCACCAAAGUUCCUUCUGCUGUGCCUGCUUCUGGAGAUUCUCUUCUGCGAGUUCGCACACGCCCUGUGGUGGUCCCUGGGAACACGAGCCGUCAUGGACCACACGAGGAUCUGCCGCAAGAGAGGCUCCCGCGUCUCGAAGGAUCCCCAGAGCACCAUCUGCAGGAAGGAGCCCAAGACGUUCCAGAUGAUCCUCGACGGCUCUCAGAUGGCCAUGAAGGAGUGCCAGUACCAGUUCCGCUUCCACAGGUGGAACUGCACCGACAACAGGAGGUCCCUCAAGAAGAUCCUCAUGCGGGAGAAGAAAAGGAACACGAAGGCCGAGCGACGCAGGAACAAGUCCGACAGGAGAAAAGACCCCUCGAGGAGGCGCAAGGGCCGGCCGCGAGGGGACCGCCGGCGAGGCCGACGGGGGAAGGGCAAGCGGGGCGACAGGGCGCGGCGAGGACCCGGCAGAGGGAGGCGCCGCGAGGGGGCCGAGGACGCCAGCAACGCCUCCUUCGUCGACCCGGAGGGCAGGGUUGGUGGCGAGCCCUUGGGGACGACGGAGGUGGAGCCUCCGGUGGGCGAGGCAGCACCAGGGGCCGGGACGCCGCCGGAAGGGGAGUGGAAGUGGAGCGGCUGUGACGACAACGUCGGCUUCGGCUACAGGGUCGCCAGGGACUUCAUGGACUGGCGCUACCUGCGGGGCCCCGGCAGCCAGGACAUCCGCUCCAUCGUGAUGCUCCACAACAACGAGGUGGGGCGGCUGGCUGUGCAGAGGCAUCUUCAACCACACUGCAAGUGCCACGGGCUCUCCGGAUCCUGCACGCACCGCACCUGCUGGAAGAGACUGCCUACUUUCAGAUCCAUUGGUGCGAGACUCAAGGAGAAAUUCAGACAGGCGAUUAAAGUGACUCCGAGCAACGACGGAACGAGUAUCCGUCCAGUGGGCCAGUUAACCGUGAGUGACGAGGACCUCAUAUUCCUCGAGGAUUCGCCGGACUUCUGCAGGCCUAAUAAACGCACUGGCUCACUGGGUACAUAUGGAAGGGUCUGCAACGUCACAGCAAAUGAUAUGUCCGGCUGCGAUUUGAUGUGCUGCGGCCGAGGCAUCAGACAGGAGGUUUUGGAGCUGGAAGAGAAUUGCAGAUGUCGCUUCAAGUUCUGCUGUGAAGUCACUUGCCAGAAGUGUCGAAUCAAGAGGAAGAUGUCUUACUGCCUGUGAGAUCCACGUGAUUAUAGAAUAAUUGAUUAUAGCGUCAAUGGGGAGGGGGGUAGAUUAAACAAACAAACAAAAUAUAAAAAAGAACUAAGGUGUUAUGAGAGUGUGUAAAUAUACAAAAGAGAAGAGUGGAGUGUGUUUUUUCUAACUGUACUUAUAAUCAGUUUACGCUGAAGAGUGUUGGCGAGACAGGAAAGGAAUCUAUGAACGGACGUAAACACUACGUCACUGCACAUGUAAAGGGGGUCAUCUCGAGACUCUUUUGUAACCACACGAACGUCUUCUUGUCUUUGUGUCUCUGCCUAGGAAUCGUGACUCCCUUUGUUGUUUCGCUGGUAAACCUUUUGCAAAAUUCUGUGUUAUAUAGACAGGUAAAAGUAAAUAAGUAUGGGAAAAAGAAGGAAGUAUUUGAUUUACUGUUGAGUGCUUCGCUGAGAAGGAAUAUUCCGGUGCAUUUCUUGUCGUGGUGUAAAAAAAAUCCAAAAUUUCGAAUGCGUUUUUAUUGUGAUGGACGCUGCGUUGUCUGACACUCUGUUGCUCUUUAGUCCAGAUAGUAGCACUGUAACACUUGUAAAAGCUGCUUUGUAUAGACCAACCUUUCACUCAUCAGUUUUUUUAUUUAUGAUACUAAGCAGUAAGUACGCUGCUCUCUUCGCCGAGUCGUCUCAACCUGACGUUCAACAAACGAGGCAUUCUGUUUAAUUUUUUGUGUAGAAAACGUUUAAAUUCUUUAAACGAUGAUGUAAGUAUUGUCUCCCCGCAGAAAACAGAACGUGUAGAUUUAAGGAGGAGAUAAUGUAAGAACUAAGCCCAGGCAGAUAAGUUGUUUUUCCCACUGGAGAGUCCGUAUUUCCUGAAUUUCAAAACGUCAACAUAGACAGUUUCUUUGUCCACACUAAACUUUGGGGUUCAACAAAAGGAACCAAAAUUUAACACUGUAACCUUGUUAGGCUCUCGUAAACUGGAGCUUAACAAAUCGUUUUUUGGCUUGCUAACUCGAAUGGUAGUGUUGAUGCAGCUGUAGUACUUGAUGUUCCUGUUAGUCCAUGGUUGCAUUUUCUCCACGGAUAUUGCAAAUUAAAAAAGAGCGUUUCGCAGUGCCUUAAUUCCUUUUUUUAAUUGGGCAAAGCAACUGAUAAUGCAAGUGCUGGCAUUGAUUCGCUGGGUGCCUUAGUCCAGCGUCGCAGCAGCUGUUCUCGCCAUCUUUGGAAAGGGACUUUGUGGAGUAAUUUUUGCUCGCUACGUUGACUGUUAUAAAUGCUCAGUGUGCCUAGUCGCCUCUCAAGCUGGAAUGUCAGCAGCUUUUCUCAUUUGAGUUUUGUGAUGAGAUAUGGUUAUUUCCUGAGAAACUCGCAGAGAUAUUUGAUGAUUAAUGAUUUCCUGUAUAAAGAUUAUUAUUAAUUAAU